GUGUCACGACUGGCUGUCACAAGACUUUUCACCGAGGACCCGAGGACGAGGGACGAUGAGGCUGAUCUUGGUGUUUUGUGCUUUAUCUUCGGCGUGGGUCGCCAACGGCCAGCUCUUGAGAUAUGAAGGGAAGAUACAUUUUGGUGCAGAUGGUCAUGACCAGCUGCCCCAUAGCAAGAAACUGCUUGGUGGAGAUGGACAUGAUGAGCAACCUCAUGGCCAGAAACUUCUUGGAGUAGAUGACCAUGAUCAGAGAGCCCAUAGUCAGGUUCUCCUUGGUGGUGAUGGCCAUGAUCAGAGGCAUCACAGCCAGCCACUUCUUGGAGCAGAUGGUCAUGAUAUGCGACCCCAUGGACAGAAACAUCUUGGCGGAGAUAGCCAUGAUCAGCAACCUCAUGGACAGGCACUCUUUGGUGCAGAUAACCAUGAUCGGCUACCCCAUCAUAAAACUCUUCUUGGGGCUGAUGGCCAUGAUCAGCAACCUCAUACUCAGACUCUCCUUGGGGCUGACAACCAUGAUCAGCGACCUCAUUCUCGGCCAAUCCUCGGUGCCGAUGGACAUGAUCAACGAUCUCAUGGUCAGACUACUCUUGGUGAAGAUGGUCAUGAUCAGAGAAAUCACAAACAGAGACUUCUUGGUGAAGAUGGGCAUGACCAACGACCCCAUAGUCAGACUCUCCUUGGGGGAGAUGACCAUGAUCAGCAACCCCAUGGCCAGGUUCUUCUCGGAGGAGAUGGGCAUGAUCAGCAAUCGCAUGGACAGGAAGAAGAUGGAGAUAGUCCUCGCGAACUGAGCCACACCCACAUGUUCAAAAGUUUCAUGAAGAAACACAACAAAUCUUACGACAGCCAGCAUGAAUUUAAGAAGAGGUUUAGCAUCUUCCGUCACAACAUGAAGAAGAUCCACAUCCUUCAGCAGAGUGAGAAGGGAACCGCCAAGUACGGACCCACCAAGUUUGCCGAUCUUACUGAACACGAAUUCCGCCAGAUGCUAGGCUUGCGGCCUGACCUCAGGCCAACACUUUCCCAAAUGGAACCUGCUGAAAUCCCAAGUGGAGAUAUUCCUACUGAAUUUGACUGGAGAGAUCAUGGUGUUGUUACCCCAGUAAAGAACCAGGGAAUGUGUGGAUCUUGCUGGGCCUUCUCUGUGACUGGUAAUGUUGAAGGACAGUGGGCUUUGAAGCACAAGCAUCUGUAUUCUCUCUCUGAACAAGAACUUGUUGACUGCGAUAAAACUGACGAAGGAUGCAACGGAGGCAUGCCUGAAAAUGCUUACGAGGCCAUUGCAAAGCUUGGUGGCUUGGAGUCUGAGAACGAUUACCCUUAUGAAGCUAAGGAUGAUACAUGUCACUUCAAUAAAAAUAAGGUGAAGGUUACCGUCAAUGGAUCAGUGGAGCUUCCUCAGAACGAGGAUGACUUGGCAAGGUGGCUUGUCAAGCACGGCCCCAUCUCUAUUGGAAUCAAUGCCAAUGCUCUGCAGUUCUACGUAGGUGGAGUCUCCCAUCCCUUGAAGUUCCUGUGCAACCCCAAGAGCUUGGAUCAUGGCAUGCUGAUUGUUGGAUAUGGUGUACACACCUAUCCCGUUUUCAAGAAGACUCUUCCAUUCUGGAUUGUAAAGAAUUCCUGGGGAGAGGAAUGGGGUGAACAGGGAUACUACCGCGUGUACCGAGGAGAUGGCACAUGUGGAGUGAACCAGAUGGCCACAAGCGCCAUUGUUCCUUAGGUGCUGUGAUCUCAGCAAAGAAGAAUUUUUAGUGUGACCAACUCUAAUAUAUCUUAGAGCUUUUGUAGGUGUUAGUGGUUUCCAUCACUAAGGUUGUGGUAUUAAAUUCUGUAAGUUUGACUGAUGUAUUUUAUCAAGAGUUCUUGAUUUUUACACAUAUAAUUUUCAUUCUGCUCUUUCUAGUUAUUGAAGGCAAUGCUAGAUAAAGGGUUCUUGUAUGUUUUAUUUUGUUGGAAUGAAAACAAAGAUGAUUCAAUUUAUUUUUAUUUUUAUUCUAUUGUUGAAAAGAUUGCACGUUGCAUUAUCUUGUUUUUUAUUGUAAUACAUUCUAGUGCAUCCCAAAGAGCAGCAGAAAAAAAUACAAUAUAUGAUAAGGUGAUCCUACUUAAGACCUGUAGUCACAAAGAAUCUAAGUAACUUUUAAUGUGUAUUGAGGACAUCUCCUCUAUAAUUGAUUGUAUACUCAUUGUUUUCAGACCAAAGUGUAAUGAACAAAUAUGGGUCAUGACAGUGUGUGAGAAGUAAAUUCAUAUUAGAGCUGGAUGAUAUAUAAACUAUUAUAUAUGAUGUAAAAGUGUUUCCUGAUAUUUUUUAGUAAUUAUUUUAUAUAUAUUUUUAUAUAUACAGUAAUUAUAUAGCAUGCUUAUACUUUGUGAUGGUAAUUACCUGCUUUAUUCAUUAUCACUCAAUAUCUAUGUAUAUUUAAUUGUGUUUUUGGAAAAUGCCUAAAUCUGUAAUCCAGAUCCUGUUGGAAAUGCCUCCUGUAGUAACUUUUGCCCUGUAUUGCUAUGUGCUUCUCAAUUCUCUGAAUAUGUAAUAUUUCAUAUACUCAUUAUGUAGCUAGGUAAAGGACUAUAGGAACAGAAGUUCACUUAGUAAUAUAUAUAUAUAUAUAUAUAUAUAUAUAUAUAUAUAUAUAUAUAUAUAUAUAUAUAUAUAUAUAUAUAUAUAUAUAUGAUGUGGUGUGUGGUUAACUUUAAUGCAUGGAAGAAUAUGAUUUCCAUAGAAACUCAAAAGUAAGACUCAGGACAGAGAGAGUAUGUGCCACAAAAUUUGAUGUAGAGGUUGAAGGAUAUGUUGCAUGUGCUUCAGAUCACCGAUUGAUAUUUUUUAAGGCUAAAGUGGAGCACACAGAGUGCUGGAUAAAUAAAUAAUGACUAGGAUUUUGGUUUGUAAAGACUGGUUAAAUGCUAACACUAGCAUUAUCAUUGGUGUAUUAUAUGUAUAUAUAUAUAUAUACAUACAUACACUUAUAAAGAACAAGGACCAGGAUUUAGUAAAUUGAAAUACUGAAAAUCCAGAUAUUUUCAUAUUGUUAUUUGUCGAAACUGGUGUUCAGUAGUUGUUAUAAGCAAGUAUUUUAUAACUUCUGUCAAAGCUUUUAUGUUCUUAUCAGGUAUAGUUGGCAACUAUAAAUGCAUAUGAUAUGGUUUGAUAAAGAGAAAUCAGGAUGAUUAAAUGUUCAGUAUUCUUCUAGGGUCACAAUAAAGUUUUCAUAUUCUGAUAAUAAUUAAUAUACAUGCAAUAAAUAUAUAUUAACCUUUAA